CCUUUUACCGCAAGCUUUUGUUGCCUCCACAUGUCAAACAUAGAAUUUUACUCGGCUGAAGGUCUCCGAAUGGAUGGCCGUCGUUGGAACGAGCUUCGUCGAUUCGAAUGCCGCACAAACACUCAUCCGUCUUCCAGUGAUGGCUCCUCCUAUGUUGAACAGGGUAACAGUAAGGUCAUCUGUCUUGUUAACGGUCCGAUGGAGCCAGAAAACCGUUCUCAGUUAUCUACACAAAAAGCUACUCUCGAAGUAAACUUGAACAUUGCAUCUUUUAGUACCACGGAGAGAAAGAAGAGGCUGAAGAGCGAGAAGCGUACCCAAGAACUCAUCACCACUUUAGAGAGAACUUUCGAACAAGCCAUCGUCACCAAGAUCUACCCAAGAACCCUCAUCUCGAUUAACAUCCAUGUCUUGUCCCAGGAUGGUGGCUUAUUGGCCUCUUGCACCAACGCUGUCACCUUGGCCUUGAUUGACGCCGGGAUCGCCAUGUACGAUUACAUCUCCGCCGUCUCCGCCGGUUUAUUCGAUACAACUCCGUUAUUAGAUUUGAAUGCAUUAGAAGAAAACGUUAUGAGUACUUUGACUGUCGGUAUUGUGGGUAAGAGUGAGAAGUUGGCAUUGUUGUUGCUCGAAGACAAGGUACCGUUGGACCGUUUGGAGAGCAUCUUGGCUAUUUCCAUUGCGGGUAGUCACAGAAUCAGAGACAUAAUGGACAAGGAAGUCCGGAGACACGGUAAGGUCAGGUUAUCCAAGUCAUCCAGCUGAGUGUAUAGCUGAACAAUUGUACUUUUAGACGAUUAUAGGAUUACCACCUUGUAAAAUAUAU